AUGAACACUGCCGACGAGAAACGCGAUCCCGUCGUCGACGAGGCCGCCCGUGGCCCCGAGUCCGACGAGACUCUGUCCGAUGAGUCCUCGGAGAGACUGCAGGUUGGUGUCUCAGAUGUCGAGGCCAUUACCAAGUCGUGGACCAAGGCAUCCCUCAUCGCCGUCUUCCUCAACAUCUGGCUGCUGUACUUUGUCAAUGCCUUCCAGUCCUCCCUCCUCUACAACCUCCUCCCCUUCGUCACCAGUUCAUGGGAGUCUCACUCCCUGCUGAACGUCAUCUAUGUCGUCGCCGACUGCAUGUCGGCGGCCGUCUACAUCCCUCUCGCCAAGGUCAUGGACGUGACUGGUCGUGCUGAGGGUUUCCUGACCAUGACUGUCUUUGCUACGUUGGGUCUGAUUCUGAUGGCCACCUGCCACAACCUGCCCACCUUCUGCGCUGCCUAUGUCUUCUACACCAUUGGCUUCGGUGGCAUGACCUACUGCGUCGAUGUCAUCACUGCCGAUGCCUCCAAGCUAAAGAACCGAGGUCUAGCCUACGCCUUCACCUCGUCCCCCUACAUCAUCACGGCCUUUGCCGGUCCCAAGGCCUCGGACGACUUCCACCUCAGCUGGCGCUGGGGUUUCGGUGCCUUUGCCAUCAUCUUCCCCGUUGUUGCCGCUCCCUUGUACUUCAUCCUCAAGUACAACCUCCGUCGCGCCCAGCAGCAGGGUCUGGUCGUUCCUGACCGCAGCAACAAGACCUGGUGGCAGAUCAUCUGGUUCUACUUUAUUGAAUUUGACAUCGUCGGCGUCCUCCUCUUUUCCGUCGGUCUCUGCGUCUUCUUUCUCCCCUUCGACAUCUCCUCCUACGCCCCCCACGGCUGGUCCUCAGGCUACAUCAUCGCCAUGAUCGUCGUCGGCGUCGUCAUGCUGAUCAUCUUCUGCCUCUACGAAUGGUUCAUCGCGCCCGUCCCCCUCUUCAAAUUCGGCUUCCUCUUCAACCGCACCGUCAUCGGCGCCUGUCUCCUCGACGCCACCUACCAACUCUCCUACUACUGCUGGGACAACUACUUCACCUCCUUCCUGCAGGUCGUCAACGACCUCUCCGUCGCCGAAGCCGGCUACGUCAGCGACACCUUCGACGUCGUGUCCGGUGUCCUCCUCCUCUUCGUCGGCUGGCUGAUCAGCAAAACCGGCCGCUUCAAGUGGCUCCUCUACAUCUCCGUGCCCCUGUACAUCUUCGCCCAGGGUUUGAUGAUCUACUUCCGUCGUCCCAACCAAAGCGUCGGUUACCUGGUCAUGUGCCAGAUCUUCAUCUCCAUCGGCGGUAGUAUCUUCAUCAUCAUCGAACAACUCGCCAUUCUCGCCGCCGUGGACCACCAACACGUUGCCGCGGCCCUGGCCCUCCUCAACGUCGUCGGAACCAUCGGUGACGCCAUGGGCGCUACCAUCUCCGGUGCUAUCUGGGAUAAUACCUUCGAAAAGGCACUUAUUCGCUACCUCCCUGAAUCCGCCAUGUCGAGCCUUAACGAUAUCUACGAGGAUCUGGACACUCAGCUCAGUUACCCCGUUGGAAGCGCCACCCGGAAGGCUAUCCAGGAGGCGUACGGGUACGCGCAAACCCGUAUGUUGGCCGUGGGAACGGGUCUCAUGGUCUUGUCGUUUAUUUGGAUCAUGAUGAUCAAGAAUAUUAAUGUUGCUAAGGUCGCUCAGACGAAGGGUAUGGUUUUCUAG